GGCGCCUGGCUCAUUGCGCUGGCCUUCGCGCGGACAGACGAUUGCUGGGGCAACGACAAUUGCGAUGCCAAAGGUGACGAGCAGGCUCUCCUUCAGCGCACGCAUCAAACGAUCCUGCAGCACAAGUCUGGCCAGACGUGCACCAGUCCUCCGCCGACGAUCAACGGCUACAACUGCCGGCACUGCUGCCCAGACGAGUGCGACCAGCAGGGCCACCCCGAGUGCUAUGUGGGCGGAGGCGGCGGGGGCGGCACCACGAUUCCCGCCACCCCGAGUGCCCCCGGAGACCAGGAGUGCAGCAGCCCUCCGCCGACAAUCAACGGCUACAACUGCCGGCACUGCUGCCCAGACGAGUGCGACCAGCAGGGCCACCCCGAGUGCUAUGUGGGCGGAGGCGGCGGGGGCGGCACCACGAUUCCCGCCACCCCGAGUGCCCCCGGAGACCAGGAGUGCAGCAACCCUCCGCCGACGAUCAACGGCUACAACUGCCGGCACUGCUGCCCAGACGAGUGCGACCAGCAAGGCCACCCCGAGUGCUAUGUGGGCGGAGGCGGCGGCGGCACCGCCAGAGGCGUUCAUGGGAUACCAGGAGGGUUUCCUGGCACCUUUCCUGGUGGCUUACCUGGCAGCUUUCCUGGCGGGCUGCAGUACUGAGCCGCCAGUGUCUGUCAGACACUAGGCACUGAGGUUACCAAAUCUCGCAGUCUCGAACGUACCUCUUCGCAUCUGCUCCGCGCAGAAGUGCAGAUAGCGCUUGUAUCUGAAAGUUGCUGUGCGGGAGUCCAGCAUAGUUAAGCAGGACGGGACCGAUCCACCGCGUUUUUCUUUUUUGCGUUCUUCACUUUGGCGCUGGCCUCCAUUAAUGCGUGGCCCUCGUAUGCUUUCCUCCCCUCUCCCUCUCUCUCUCUCUCUUCUGUCGCUGUAUCGUUCCUUCGCGCCCUAGUCGCGAGCACGAACGAUAGAGUGUUACGCUUCAGAGGCUGGGAAAGAACCCGACGUGGGCGCCGACCCCGCGUGACAGAAACAAAAACACAACGACUGUUCAGGAGGACGUGACGAGCUCGUCCUCGUCCGCUCCGCAGUCCAUCG